CAGCCAGGUUAUGGCCUGUGUCAGUAGCCACUUCCCUUUUACCCUCUUAUUACUUGUUUGUUUGUUUGUUUUUGGGUUAAUUUAGCCUAACCUAGUGAGAUACACGCAAGUAAUGAGAUUCAGUCAAAGAGAAAUUCUCUCGCCUUCGCUGUGGCAUUUAUUUUGAAAGUCCACAUAGGAAGUGGUAUUCGUGCACAGUCGUUGACUUGCCGCUGGCAGCCCACAGUAACUGUAGUUUGUAACAGUGUGGUGUUAAUUUGGGCCACAUACAGUACAUAGCCUGAUACGUUUGAUGUUGGAGGAUGGGUCGUUUAUAUCUCCCAUCUGUAUGAAGGAAACCGGGUGAAAAAUAAGACUAAAAAGACCAGCUUCUUUAUUACUCACUCUAUCAAAACGGGGAUAAUCGGUGUUCACUCUCGUGCUCCUCUGGAAACAAAACGAGACUAACCAAAUGCGGAAUUUACUUCUUCCAUGGCUCCAGUUGUGUAGGUAGAGACAUCAUCGGCUGUCGCCCUGUUGAUUAAAACAAUUACCCAGCUACAGGGCCUACACUCUGAAACAGCUUCAUUGGCCUACAGUUCGGCAGGAGGAGAACUGUUUGGACUCCAGCGAGGAGGAGAAAGCAUUUUGAGCGGCGAGAUGCACCAGUUGGAGAAUUGAGCUUCAUCACUUCAGGCGCUCCUAAGCUUCAACAUGGGAGAAUGAAGCAGGACCUUGCAGCCAUGAGGACGGCGCCAUGUUGCGUUGAGCUGGGAAUGUCUGCAUCUAUGGCACCAUGUUAAGUGUGAGCUCACCAGCGACGAUGCCUGUUCACCCUGGGGAAAAAUGGUUCACUCUACUAUUGGUCCCCUUCCAGAGGCAGGGGACAGUAACGCCAGUCUCUGCUGCCUCGUUACGGGGCUGCUGAACAUUUCCAAGAGGCUGUCGAUGGAGAAUAUCUCCAUGGCGAAUGUUUCCCUGGGAUCUCGGUUGCCCUCGGAGCCUGUCCCACCGACAGUGGAAGCCCCAGAGAGCCUGCAAGGCAUCAGCCUAUCUCUGCAGGUCUUCUUCUGCUUUGUUAUGGUUGCCAUCCUGCUUCUGGCUCUGUCGGGAAAUGUGGUGGUGUGCCUGAUGGUGUACCAGAGAUCUGCCAUGCGCUCCGCCAUCAACAUCCUCUUGGCAAGCCUGGCAUUUGCAGACAUGAUGCUCGCUGUCCUGAACAUGCCCUUUGCUCUGGUUACCGUCAUAACCACCAAGUGGAUUUUCGGAGACGUUUUCUGUCGAGUUUCGGCCAUGUUCUUUUGGUUCUUCGUGAUGGAAGGCGUGGCUAUACUGCUUAUAAUAAGCAUAGAUCGUUUUCUUAUUAUUGUCCAGAAGCAAGAUAAGCUGAGUCCACAGAGAGCUAAAGUGCUCAUAGUGGUCACAUGGGGACUCGCUUUCAUUUUCUCUUUCCCCCUGGCUGUUGGCUCCCCUCCCCUGCAGAUCCCUCCCAGGGCCCCUCAGUGUGUAUUUGGCUACAGCACUGAUCCUGGUUACCACACCUACGUAUUGAUACUAAUGCUGGUCUUCUUCUUCAUACCUUUCAUGGUCAUGCUGUACACAUUUAUGGGGAUCCUGAACACUAUCCGCCACAACGCUAUCCGCAUUCACAGCCACCCAGACAGCAUCUGCCUGAGCCAGGCCAGCAAACUGGGCCUGCUCAGCCUCCAGAGGCCCUUCCAAAUGAACAUAGACAUGAGCUUCAAGACCCGUGCCUUCACCACCAUCCUCAUCCUCUUCUCGGUGUUUACAGUGUGCUGGGCACCCUUCACUGCCUACAGUCUGGUAGCUACCUUCAGUGAUGGCUUCUACCACAAAGACAGCUUUUUUCAAAUCAGCACAUGGGUCUUGUGGUUGUGCUACCUCAAGUCAGCCCUUAACCCUCUAAUUUACUACUGGCGGAUCAAGAAGUUCCGCGACGCCUGCCUUGAUCUGAUGCCCAAGUACUUUAAGUUUCUUCCUCAGCUGCCAGGCAACACAAAGAGGCGCAUACAGCCAAGCGCAGUGUAUGUAUGCGGAGAGCAUCGCUCUGUGGUUUAAAGGAAAAAUCCACCCACGAACACUUCAGUACUGUUAAAAACACAUCUUUACAUAACGCAUCUCGCAGUUUCUGGCCUGUUUUGUUGUUUGCUGGUAUACAUCUCUUAGCAGAUGUUUAGAAUAAAACAGCUCUGCUUCGAGGCUGUGUUGGUGGGGGCGUGUUGCUGCAGGUAACAGUGAGAAAAUGAAACAGUUAAGCUGGUGUCAAACAUCCAUUUUAAGGCUUAUCAGAUACCUAACACCUGUGCACCAUGGUGUAUAAUACUAUACAAGAUUUUACAGUUUUAGAGUGGAGCUGGGUAAUGUUUGAAAUUUUCUCAUACCAAUUUUGAGACCUGAGUUUCAGUGGCCCAGCACUUUUUGGAUACUUUAUUGUAGGAAUACAAACACUAUUCAACAAAAGCCACGUUUUUCAUUUCACAGAGCAAACUUAAAUGUCUAACACAAACAACUAUACAGUGACUUAUAACUGCAUAAUAAAUUAGAAAUUAGGUACUAUCUGUCUUUGAUAAAACUCAUGGAUCUCUCACAUGCUUUGUUGUGGGGUUUAUCACCGUAUUCCACAGCAUUGUGUAAUUUGCUCAGGUGUGACCUUUACAUGGAUAUCAUGUCAUGUGACAAUAAGUGGUUGUGUAUGCUCCCCGUUCAGACUUCGAGAUACAGUGUGUAGAAUAUUUUAUUACAAAUAUUCUUCAUACUCAUGGUACUAUUUGAUCAAAGAAAUAUAUCCACACUUCGAGGCUCAGCACAUUUUGAAAACAACACUAUAAACUUAAUAAAGCCAGCACUAAAAGAUGUUGAGGCUAGAUACCCAUUCCUACUCUGGAAAGUUGUCACACAAGUCAUAUUCCUUUAACCACUGAGAGGUAAAGAGUAGAAUUUCUUUAUUUGAUUAAUCUGCCAGUCUGUGCUGCUUAUGUAAGUGGACAGUGUAUUGCUGGAUGACACUGCAUUGUGGCAAAAAGUUGAGUCAGCGUGAACUGUUUUGCAGCACAACCUUGCAUUUUCUUGCAGAAGGUCUCUGCCUUGAAAAAUCAACUUUGUAAGGGGCAGCUAGGCUCGCCUUGUGGAAGAUGAUUUUGGUAUUUGUUUCUCAUUUUGAAGGGGAAAAAUACAGUGGCUCUGCUGAAAACAGUUGCAGUGCUUUAUUUUCUAUAACACUCCUUAAAAAAUAGAUGGUCCUGCAUGUAUUUGCUGGAUUUAUUUGAUUUUUACUUGAUAUUUUUGAGACUUGAAACUUGAUUUUUGAAAUUUGAGUUUGUCUUGUAAACUACACUGAAAACCCAGCUCCCUUUCAGUCUGUGAAGAUUCUUUUAGUCAGGCCAGGAUAUAUCAAGAAGUCUUUGGGGCAAAUUCACAAUUGUAGUCACAUAUAGACUUAUUAACAUUUAUAUAAGAUGUUUCAAGGUUGAGUUAGCAAAAGUUUUUGUGCUAAUAAUAUUGCAACUCAAAUGUAACCCAUAAUGUUUUGCAGCAGAGUGCAAUUUGCCCUUGUCUUGCCUCUGAUUCUAAUAAGUGGCACACACCAAAAUGGCAGCUGACAUCACAGAGAAGACAGCAAAGAUAAGACUGACUGAAAGAGUAAAUGCCCCUAAUCAGCUUAUAGGAAGCAGCAGGAGAAGAGACAAAUGACAAUGAAUGAGUGACAGUGAUAGUCUUCCUGAUUGAAUUCACAGUAAGCUUCAUUUCAGUCAGCAGAGACUUUAUGAGAUUGAACAAUGACUUCAUUGGCACAAUAAUGAUUAUAAAUGUGAAGUCAGUGGUGAUUAGACCCCACCAUGGCAACCCUUAGGAAUAUGUUUAAGCCACCACCGAAUUUCUGAAGACAUGAAUUUUCAAGCUUAACUGCAUGUGGCUAUUAGCACCGGUGUUUGUGAUUUGGACUUGUAUUGCAUAAAAAUGGUUGCCAAUGUUGCACCAAAUAUUUGCAUUUUACAUAAUUUAAAUACUUGAGAAUAGUGUUGUGCUAUUUGUGCAGGUUUGACAGCCACAAAUGUUAUGCAGUCCUUUUGUGAAUUUGCUCCUCAGUUUCAAAUAACAGACUGAACAACAGGUACAUUUGUCUUUGAUUCAGUUCUGGUAGAGAAACAACAGGAAAAUUCUUUUUAAAAGUGGCAACACUAAUCUCAACCACCGGGAGCUUCAGUAGUAGGGCUGGGUAUUUUUAAAAUGCUUUUGCUACGAGUGCCAAGUCUUGGUAUCAAUGCCAGAAUGAUAGCUUUUCUUUUUCUUCUCAGUAGGGUCAACAAGAUUACAAAAUAGUUUUUUCACUGUUUUUGUUGUUUAUUAAUCUGCCAGUUAUUUUCUUAAUUAAUUGUUUAGUCUAUAAAAUGUCAAAGAAACUUGUGUCCAAAUAGAUUUAUUCAAACUGCUUCUUUUUUCCAACCAGCGUUGGAAAAAAACUUAAAACCUAAAGAUGAUUCAUUUAAAUGACAAAGAAAAGAAGCCAAUCCUACAUUUACAGAAGCUGGGACUACUAAAUGUUUGACAUGUUUACUUGAAAAAUUUCUGAAACAAUUAAUUAUCAAAUUAGUUGGCAACUAAUUUUCUUUUGACUGACAAAUUGAUUCAUUGACUAAGCUUUGCAGCUCUAUUAUAAAGCUGUCCAAAUAUUUGAUGCCAGCUUUUUAUACUUGACAGUUUUUAAUCCUUGGUUGUAUAAACGCAGAUUGUUCAGUACAAAAGGCAUUUAAAUUGGAUCACCAGCUUUGCAGCAACAAGAUAUCUCCGAGGAAGAAUACAACCUUGAGUAAAUGUGCUGUCUUGCUCUUACGCCAUCUCCAUACAGAUAGUUUAUCACAGUACACACAUCUUCACUGAGGGCGAUGCAGUGUCUUUCUCGAUAAUAUAAGAAACCUAUCAGUGAAGCAGUUGGCCGAAGGAAAUUAUAAAAGUAACUCCUGGAAUGCACUGAAUGGCACAUACUGUGUGUGAGUAAAACGGGUGAAUUUUUCCUUUAAUAUUGUACUGAGAAAACAGGCGCUGCUGGCUUUGACUUGACCUUAUGUCUUUUGUCCCCACUGGAGUCACGAGUCACGGGGAAGGGACAGUGUGUCUCAGCUGCAUAGAGCCUGUUUUACGAGGCAUGUAAAUUAACAGCUUAAAUGGAAUUUGAGUGUGGUCCAAAAGAUGCUACCACACAUUUGAAUGUGUUUAUUUCUAUGUAAAUGUUUUGGAUGUGCCUAUUGAUUAGUCCAUUUACCAGUCAGAAUGCUGCUAUAUCUGGUGAAAAUGUGCAAUUUCAGUGUACUGUACUGUUGAAUGUAAUAAAGAAUUAGACAUUUCUUACCUUGGUAAACUGUCUUGUAUGUUUUAUCUGUUGUGGAUCAGUGGGUGAUUCCUUGUCAAUGUGAUUGGUUGGAUUGGGUGACAUAACGGUGUAUACCAGGAGAAUGGAAUGGUUUCUGUAUGCCUGUGGUAAAAAAAUAGCUAAGAACAAAGUACAUUUACACAUACAUAUACUUUAUGCAUAUACUUUAUUUUUAAUACAAAAUAUAAUCACCAAAUAGAUACACUACCUUUACAAGCCUCAGCAUCAAGUGAUGGACACAUCAGUGAAUCACUAAUUCUAGUCC